UGAUGUCGGAAAAUACGUUACCAUGCUGAUUACUGACUACGUAAAGUGAAACUACCUACCUGCAGCAUCGAUGACGCAUUUCAUCCCCUUCAUCCUUGGGAUUUCGGAGAGCAGGUAGGGAAGGUCCCUGCACCACCAUCGGGUAUAAAAGGCCGAGCUGCUCGACCAACAGCAUCAUUCGAUCAACAGUUCUCCAUCCGAGCAGAUCAUCAGCUAUCAACUACCUGCAAAAUGUUCGCCGAAACCGCUCUUGUUUCCAACUUCAACGGAGUGCCAGAGAAGAAAUCUCUUACCGGCGCCUCCACCAACCUGAAGAAGCUGCUGAAGACCAUCAAGAAGAUCUUCAAGAACUCGAAGCCUUUAAAGGAGAUCCCGGUCUCCAACAUCAUCUACUCCUGCAAUACUGAGGAGGAGCACCAGAACUGGCUCAACGAACAACUUGAGGCCAAGGCAAUCAGCCUUCUGUGCUGAGUCUUCUGGAACAUCCCCUCCAUCGAGUAUCUGUGAUGUGACCCGAUCAAAAGGUCUAUAAAUCGGCACUCCGGCUUUAAUAUACAACUGUGAUGACGAGAACACGAGACUGACUUGUGUGCCUUGGAGGUGACAAACUGCGUCGCCUCCGCCAACUGUACAUAUCAAACU